AUGGUAGGUCAAGCUACGCAGGCACUGAAGAUGAAGCAAGAAUAUCUGGGUAUGGUAUUGCCAAUAACAAUUACAUCAAUAUGGUGGUGGAGUUGUCUGAUCAGAGGCGUUGAUGCAAGCCCACAGAUCAAUCUACUAAACAAGGGCUGCAGCCAAUACAAUGCCACAAACUUGCCUGACUUCUAUACCAAUCUCAACGCCACUUUCUCAGACCUCAAAACACUGCUCAACAAAAACAGCACCCACUUUGCCACGGCACAGCAGGCCAGGGGUUCGGAUCCCGUCUACGCCAUGGUGCAGUGCAGGAACUACCUCUCCGCCGCUGACUGCGCUGCUUGCUUCGCCGCCGCAGUGUCCCAAAUUCGCAACUGCUCCGCUGCCAACGGUGCCCGUGUCAUAUACGACGGUUGCUUCCUCAGGUACGAGAGCGCUGGGUUCUUUGACCAGACUACCCUUCCUGGUAAUGUAGGGCUUUGUAGCAAUAAAACUGCAUCACAAGCUACGGCAUUUAGUGCAGCUGCUGGAAAAUUGCUAGUGGAUCUCCAACUUGCAACACCAAAGAUCAACGGUUUCUUUGCAGCAACUAAGAAUGAAGUUGUUAGUAGUGGUAGUGGAAAUGAAACAGUCUAUGGUGUGGCACAAUGUGCAGAGACAAUCAGCAAGACUGGUUGCCAAGAUUGCUUGAAUGUGGCAUACGCCAACCUUCAAAGCUGCCUGCCUGAUACGGAUGGCAGGGCCGUCGAUGCCGGGUGCUUCUUGAGGUACUCUAGUACUUCUUUCUUCCCUGACAACCAGACUACGAACAUAGCGUCCUUCUUAAAAACUGGAGGCAAUUCAAGAAAGAAAGCCAUCAUUAUUGGAGUCGUAGUUGGAGGUGUAGGUCUUCUUAUUCUCAUUGUUGGAGUUUUACUCUAUUUUAAACUUUCAAGAAAGCCCGAGGCUGCUCGUAGAGGUGAUAUUUUGGGUGCAACCGAGUUGCAAGGACCAAUGAAUUACAAAUAUAAAGAUUUGAAGUCAGCAACAAAAAACUUCAGUGAAGAAAACAAACUUGGAGAAGGAGGAUUUGGGGACGUCUACAAGGGUACUCUAAACAAUGGAAAAAUAGUUGCAGUUAAAAAACUAGCAAUUCUCCAAUCCGACAGGGCAAAGGCGAAUUUCGUAAACGAAGUGAAACUGAUAAGUAACGUUCAUCACCGGAAUCUCAUUCGUCUUCUUGGAUGUUGUAGCAAAGGACCAGAGUUACUUCUCAUAUAUGAAUACAUGGCAAACAACAGCCUCGACAGAUUCAUAUUUGGUCCAAAAAGAGGCUCUCUCAACUGGAAACAGCUAAAUGACAUAAUCCUGGGUACAGCUAGGGGUCUUGCCUAUUUACAUGAGGAGUUUCAUGUAUGCAUCAUACAUAGAGAUAUAAAAACCAGCAAUAUUCUUUUGGAUGACAGUUUCCAGCCAAAAAUUGCAGAUUUUGGGCUGGCAAGGCUUCUACCAGAUGAUCAGACUCAUCUUAGUACCAGAUUUGCUGGAACAUUGGGAUACACAGCACCUGAAUAUGCAAUUCAUGGCCAAUUGUCAGAAAAGGUGGAUACAUAUAGUUAUGGUGUGGUUGUCCUUGAAAUCGUAAGUGGCCAAAAGAGCAGUGAAAUCAAAUCUGAUGCUAUGGGUGAAUUUCUACUUGAAAAGGCAUGGAAACUGUAUGAGAAUGGCAAGCAUGUGGAGCUGGUGGAUCCAAAUCUGGAUCCAAAUGAAUACAAACCAGAAGAUGUAAAGAAGAUUAUAGAAAUUGCUCUGAUGUGCACUCAACCAUCAGCUGCUCAAAGGCCUACAAUGUCCGAAGUUAUAGUUCUACUUAAAAGCACUAGCUCCUUGGAGAAUAGGGCGCUCACUAGGCCUGUUUUUGUUGAUUCUGAUAAGAGAGUGAAGGGAGACACAUCAACCUCUACUGCUUCCUCCACAUCCAACGCCACCGUAUCGGUUUCUCAAGUUUCAGGUCGCUAA